AGUUGUAGUGUAGUAGUAGUACGAUACCUGUGUGCGGCCGUUCACGCGAGUGACGAUAUCCCUGCCGACACGGGGUGGCAGGAGGGAACGGAUCACGAUACAGUGACGUAUCUCGCGGAUAAUACGCGCGAAGCAGCAGCCGGGAGCGGCGGCGACGACAAUCGCGAUACCUACUUACAUCCAGCCACGGAACGUCCUUCUCCUGCCCACGAAUGUGGUCCGCCACCGGGCAUUAAGAUGUGUGAAGAGGCGACGGAAGUGGAGACGCAUCAUCAGCAAACAGCAGCCACGACGAUGGGCGUCGCUGAGGACGAGACACCGUCUUCCCUGACUUCGUCACAUCCGAACACCAACAAUCCCAAUCAGGAAGGGGUGCUGGAGAUGGCGGCCACCGAAAGCACGAUCCGAUUUAGUGGCCACACGUUGGACAAGGCGACCAAGGCCAAGGUGACGUUGGAGAACUAUUACAGCAACCUGAUAGCGCAGCACAUCGAGCGGAAGCAAAGGCUGGCGAAGCUCGAGGAGUCCCUCAAGGAUGAGGGCCUCUCGGAGCAGCAGAAGCAGGAAAAGAGGCUCCAGCAUGCCCAGAAGGAGACCGAGUUCCUUCGGCUCAAGCGAUCCAGGCUCGGCGUCGAGGAUUUCGAGCCUCUCAAGGUCAUCGGCCGGGGUGCCUUUGGCGAGGUGAGACUCGUGCAAAAGAAGGACACCGGACACGUGUACGCGAUGAAGAUUCUCCGGAAGGCGGAUAUGCUGGAGAAGGAGCAAGUCGCGCAUGUCAGAGCGGAGAGGGAUGUUCUCGUGGAAGCGGAUCAUCAGUGGGUCGUAAAAAUGUACUACAGUUUCCAGGAUCCUAUAAAUCUCUAUCUGAUAAUGGAGUUUCUGCCCGGCGGUGAUAUGAUGACGCUGCUCAUGAAGAAGGAUACGCUUUCCGAGGAGUGCACGCAAUUUUAUAUUUCCGAAACGGCGUUAGCGAUCGAUUCCAUACACAAAUUAGGUUUUAUUCAUAGAGACAUCAAGCCAGACAACCUGUUGCUGGACGCACGGGGCCACAUAAAACUCUCUGAUUUUGGGCUGUGCACGGGUCUGAAGAAAUCGCACAGAACCGAUUUCUACCGGGACCUGAGUCAAGCGAAACCUUCCGAUUUCAUGACAUCAUGCGGGAGUGGAAGCGGCGGCGCGAUGGACAGCAAAAGAAGAGCCGAGAGCUGGAAGAGAAACAGGAGAGCGCUGGCUUAUAGUACAGUCGGCACUCCAGACUAUAUCGCGCCGGAAGUAUUCCUGCAAACUGGUUAUGGACCGGCUUGCGACUGUUGGUCCUUGGGAGUUAUUAUGUACGAGAUGCUUAUAGGCUAUCCGCCAUUCUGUAGCGAAAAUCCACAGGAGACGUAUAGAAAAGUAAUGAACUGGCGAGAAACGCUGGUUCCCCCGGAAGUUCCCAUCAGCGAAGAGGCUAAAGACACCAUCAUCAGAUUUUGCUGCGAGGCCGACAGAAGAUUAGGGGCGCAACGAGGCAUCGAGGAGCUCAAAUUGGCACCCUUCUUCCGCGGUGUCGAUUGGGAGCACAUCAGGGAAAGACCGGCUGCCAUUCCGGUUGAGGUGCGAUCCAUCGACGACACAUCCAACUUCGACGAAUUUCCAGACGUGAAACUGGAGAUACCGUCCGCGCCGAUGCCACAGGACGGCGAGGUAAUAUACAAGGACUGGGUAUUCAUUAAUUAUACUUUCAAGCGCUUCGAGGGUCUAACGCAACGGGCACACCGACCAAGAAAUAGCAACCCCUCACUUCCUGCUCGAUCAUCAGCUCCGCCGUCGCCAAUCAACAGCCGGCUGAUGCGAUCGAAAUUCCGGCCUUGGUACAUCAUCCUCAUCCGCCGCCUACGUCAUCGACGUCAACAACGGUGUCGCGCAUGGCGGACGGCUGACCUGUCUCGCUCUCGGGCGCGGUUCGCGAGUCAUUCUUAUUGUAUAUACGUGAUGAGCACGGGUUGUGUCACGAGCGAGCGCGAUGUUAUUGCGAAUAUCGACGAUCGAACGACGAUCAACAGCGCGGUCAGCCAGGCAGAGAGAUGAACGGAUGGAUACGGGAGAGUAUAGUGAUAACGGUGCACAACACACACAAAUGUCGCACGUCUUACGCGUCGAUAACAGUGCGGCGCGCAAUAAGGCGACGUAAACGAAGUCUUUCGUUGUGUAACUUACGGUGAUUUUCACAGAAAUACCCGUCGAGGAUCAUUGUUCCUCGCUUUUAUCGUGCCGCGGAGAAGGCGUUUUGUGCAAAAUGUAGCAUAAUAAGCUCUCUGUGGUGUAAUGGUAUUAAACGAAAAACGAUCAGAGGGAGCCUCGGUCCCGUAGUCUCCUACACAGUUCACUUCUUAUUUAUGCGACGUGCAUCGAAACGAUAUUUUAUUGGGAGAAAUGUAUACUCGUUAAAAGUAACGUCUGGCUAAGCUCUCGAACCAAGCUCUCUUUUUCUCUCUCCUCUCUCUCUAUCUCUUUCUCUCUCUCUGUUUGAACGUUGUAUUUAUAAUUAACUUUCUGUGAUAUAUGAAGUUGUUGAAAAUCUCUGCUACCUUCGGACCUUGUCUGUUAGCGGAUACUACGCUUUUAUUGAUGUUGUAUAUAUGUGAGCAAUUAUAUUUUGAUUUAUUUUGAAAAUUUAAGAGUUGUUGCGAUAUAAGUUGCGAUGGAAUUUUAUAUUAUAUAUAUUUUCGCGCUACUUUUGAGAGCUUUGGAACUAAGGGGAUUAAGCGGUACGACACGCGUGAAGCUUUUCAUCUAAAAAGAUUCUGAUAUGUUUUAUCAUUAUAUGAUUUUUAACAUUGUUGUAAUAGUAUUCUUCGGGUACCGGGUCUCUCUCUUUUUCUCUCUCCUUUUCUCUAUCUCUUUUUCUUGUAAGGCAAUAAUAAACAUUUUUAGCCGUGUUUUGAAUACACGAUAAAGGAUUCUAGGCUUUAAAAAAAAGAUACCGUAAAAAGGCGUAAGAAAGGAGAAAGAAAAAUACACUUGUAAGAUUUUCAGGGCUCCUUCGUUGCCUUAUUAAGGUUCCUAACAAACAGCCCAACAAAUCCGUACGUUUAAACAUAAAAGAGAUGAGCCAGACAAGCCACUUUUCCGAAAUGAAAAUGAUGAGGAAACGGAAUCGCAGUGUAUUUUGCGACGAUAUGUAGAAAAUCGCAGACACACACAUAUACACAUACAUACACAAACCGACACAUCUGUGUGUUUUAACACUCUGUGGAACCGGAUACCUUUCCUUUUGGUUGCACUGUGAACAAUUUUACGAUUUACAUUUCGUAGUUUUGCUGACACAGCCAGGGCACCUUGGUAAUAAAAUAGCGUAAUAACGUUAAAGAUUAGGUAACAUUUAAGAUAACAAACAUACAUACACAGAGGUACCUAUACACUAAAAGAAAGGAGAUGCACGUGCGCGCGCUCGAAAUGCAAUUACAUUGUGGAUAAUAUAGUACACAAACUGUAUAAAAACUCUCGAUCCUCUUUCCUCGUAACGUUCCGGCGUGUUUUUACUUAAUAAUCACGCUGUGCUGUACAUUCGACGAAGAGAUUAGUUUCGUAUGACUCUACUCCACCUGCGUAUACAUAUAUAUAUUAUAUAUAUAUCUUAACGCCGUUUACAGAGCGAAGUCUUCAAAUAGUCUAAUAAAGCAGAGAGCGCCUAGAUUACGUUGUACUACCAGUUAAGCCAGUGAUUUAAACGAAGAAAGAAAGGAACAGAAAAUUAUCCGUACGAAGAAAGUUAGUAAAAAAAGAGAAAGGUAAAAACUAUUUUCUGCUAAUUAUAGAAGUUAAAUCGACGACGAGUGUGACGUAAGCGGGGAAAGUUAGGGAGUUAUGGAAUAUCUUUAUAGUCUCUCCUUGUUGCCGUUGAGUACAGAUGCUCUGACGUCCAUGCUACUAAGUAAAAAGAGAAAAAAAAACGAAGAAGUGAUGACGCAAUUUAUUUAUUUAAAGAGAAAGUCUAAAUAAAUAAUACAACAAUAGCCACGAGAUGCCUUUGACGCAACAAGUUUCGGGUGCCCUGGAACACAGUGCAUAUAUAUGUAUAGAGGAUAUUCCAAACUACCAAAUGUCCUUUUAAGAGCAGAUCUCUUGUUUCCAAUUUACAGGUGAUUUUUCUUUCGCGAAAAUGUUGAGAUACAAUUAUUCCCGAAUUGUAAAGUUUUAUUUAAUUUCAAAGAAUUUAAUAGAAAUUUGAAGCUUAAUUACAAAGAUAUAGGAUGAAUAAAAUUAGAAACUUGCACAUAAAAUGAUAAUCUUUCUGAUAUUUUAGCUAAGGAAAAAUCUUUUCCAAAUUGACUAAAGAAUCGCUUAUUAAAAGGACAUUCGCUUUGGAAACCCUAUAUAUAAGUAUAUAUAUAUGUAAAAAUAUAUAUAUAUAUACAUAGGUAUCUUUUAGCAAAGAGAGAGAAAUGUGUAAUAAUACGCGCUAGAUAUUAAAUUAGAUGUGCGCUGAUUCAAAGUCAAGAUGGGUGUAAAUUUUUUUCUUUUUUUUUUCGAAGACGAGAAAAACGAAUAUAUUAUGAUAUAGCGGGUGGUGACGAGAUGUAUGUACGCACGUAUCGAGCUACUACACAUUCAAUGUAAUUCUGAGGAUACGCGAGAAGGAAAUCUCCAAGUAGACUUAACGAUAUUGAUUAUCGAUGUACACUGUAAAUAUAUUAACGAGGCAACUCUAAAUGUUAUUAAGACAAGCAAGGCAGUUUUGA